AUGGGAGUAAAGAAGCAGACAAGGCGCUCCGCUACCACAUCUAAAGCAGUAAAGAAAGAUAAGCCUCGUCGCAAGAAGCAGGAAGAGGAGGAAGAUGAGACAACAAUCCCAGUAAUUGAAGAAACACCUCAUUAUGAUGAUAUGGACAUCAAUAAUACCAAUGGUGCAGAGGCAAUAGAUGAGAAUGAGGAUGAAGAUGAUGACAUUGACUUUGAAGAUGUUGUGUCUGAGGAAGACGGUGACGCUGCAUUUGAUGAGGCCAUUCGCGAUGAUGACGACUUUGAGGUAAAGGCAGAGAAGUACCGACGUCGUAUGCUCGCACUUAACCGUGAUGCCGCUGAGGAACGUGAGACAGAGAUGCGAACACGAAUGACAAAGGCCACACCACUGCGUGAUGCUGAGGAAGAGGAAGAGCAACAGCAACAACAGCAGCAGAUGCAGUUGCUUGGUCAAAAGCACUCUGCAGAAGAGUUACGUGAUCGUAUUCAGGAGACAGUUCGUGUACUAUCGAACUUUAAGGAGGAGCGUGAGGAGGAUCGAACACGAGAGGAGUACAUGCAACUUCUUCGUUCUGAUGUUAUGGAACUGUAUGAGUACAAUGAUUUCCUUACAGAUGCAAUUCUUUUACUGUUUCCACCUGCUGAAGCUAUUGAAUUCUUUGAGGCUAUGGAGAAACCUCGACCUACGACGAUUCGUGUAAACACGCUUAAGGCGAAGCGACGAGAUUUGGUACAGGCGUUGGUAAAACGUGGAAUGAAUGUGGAACCUCUGGAAAAGUGGUCCAAGGUGGGAUUACAGGUGUUUGAGUCAAAUGUUCCUAUUUCUGGUACCAUUGAAUACCUUGCUGGGCACUAUAUGCUGCAGUCAGCGGUUUCAUUUCUACCCGUAAUGGCUCUUGCACCGCAGGAGCAUGAACGUAUUCUUGAUAUGGCAGCUGCACCUGGUGGAAAAACAACGUAUAUUGCUCAGCUUAUGAAGAACACGGGUGUUCUUUUCGCUAAUGAUGUGAGUGAGGCCCGUACAAAGUCAUUAAACGCAAAUCUGCAGCGCCUUGGUGUAACGAACGCAGUUGUGACAAACUACGACGGUGUUGGUUAUGAAAAGGUGAUGCGAAACUUUGAUCGUGUUCUGCUUGACGCACCGUGCACUGGCAGUGGUAUUAUCUCUCGUGAUGCGAGCAUCAAGAGCAGCAAACACCUUGAUGAUGUGCAGCGUGCAUCUCAACAACAGCGUGCACUGCUGCUUGCCGCCAUUGACGCUGUGCGUGUUGGUGGCCACGUGGUGUACUCCACCUGUUCUUUUCUCGUGGAGGAGAAUGAGGCGGUUGUGGACUUCGCCCUCCGCCGCCGCGGGGUCGUCGCUGUUGAGAUGGGCCUUCCGUUCGGCAGACCGGCACUCACAAAGUACAGACACCACCGCUUUCACGAGAAGCUGCAGUGCGCCCGCCGGUUUCUCCCACACGUGCACAACAUGGACGGUUUCUUCGUCUGCAAGCUGAAGAAGGUGUCCGACGAGAGACGGGACAACAUCACAGACGCAGAAGAGCAUAAAGACAACAUUCCACAGAGAAAAAACAAACAAGAGAGAGUUGUACUGGAAAAGAGGUCACGUAGUGCCACAGAUGACAACGGAGAUGCACAAAACACAAAAAGAAUGCACAUCAGUAUCCCACCACCAAUUCGAAAAGGCGGUAAGGCAAAAAAUGGUAGCGCUUAA